AAGCGACAGUUCGAUUUGUUAUCUGUCCGCAGACAGACGUUGGUACGGAAAAAGAAUACUGAUCAAACACUAUCUCACAAUAUACUACAGACCCAACGUUUUAAGAAAUAUAUUUUGUUUAUAUCUUUUUAAUUUAAAAAAAAUAGUUUUGUGCGAAAAUUUUAAAAUAAAAGAAAUCUAAUCAGUGGCAGAGUGGAAUAAAUUAAUUAGCUGCGAUUAAUAAAAAAAUAAUUUGUUUGAUAUUUUUUGCAUACAAAUUAAAAAGAAAUAAUAAGAUUCAUUUGGAAAGUGUUCUCGUUUUUUGUUUUUUAUUGAGAAAGAAGAAUUUAAAAAUAAAAAAGUGAUUUAUGUUGAUUUUGUGAGUUUUUGUUUACAUUGUAAAAUAAACCGCCUCUAUUACCUUGGAUAUUGGUUAAACAGCACUUGUUUGUUUUUUUGUUCUUUAACUUUGGAAUAUAAAAUCGAUUUGUAUAUAAAUAUGCAGCAUUCGCGUGGAUAAACUUUACUCACUUUGGGAUAUUUUUAUUAUUUUUUAAAUAUUGGAUUUCCAUCAAAAAGUGUGAAAGCCUCAACAAUCGGGCCGCCAUCCAAAACCACCGACAACUACCGCCCGCUGCCGCCGCCGACGCCGACUGCUGCCGUGUUUAAACAACAAAGUGCGCGGAUCAAGCAGAACGAUGAAAAGCCACGAUUGGAUAUUUUUGAUGUUUACAACGAUAAUUUGUUGUACGACAAUAAUAACGACAGCACAGGCACAACAACGAGGUCGUGUGAGAUUCGGUUUGCCCAUGCAAAAGGAUGAUUCCGAUACAAAGAGCAAUUCCGAAGUAGUCAGCAGCAGCCAAUCAAAUCAAUCCCGAGGUACUGCAUCACAUCAAAGAGCAUCAAGUCGCUUUCGAGCUACUAUUCCACCAUCUGCCAUUCCUUCGAUUAUAGAAGAAGUCAUUAACAAAAAAGAUGAACCUCCUCGACCAAUACAGCGAGGAAGUCGAGGACGUGCAGCUCCAAAUGAUCGGUCUUCUCGUAAGCUCACAGCAGAAGCAACCGAAGCUAUUCCAUUGGUUCGUUCUCCAAGAAAACGUACAAACCCAAUUCCAAGUCCGGCUUCUUUAAGUAGUGAUCAACCAACAAAAGUUGAAUUACCAACGUCGAGUGUAGAUCGAACAAAUGUCAUCAGGAGGAGUAAAACUCGAUCAGCUGAUUUGCCACCAUCGGCAAAUCCACCUACAUCAACAUCGUCAUCAUCAGGGAGCAUUCGAAGAAGAUCUGAUGUGCAGCCUUCAUCAUCAUCAUCACCACCACCACCAUCAGACGCUUCAUCAGAAAGUAUCCGUAAAGUAAGGACUUUUACAUCACGAAGUGUAUCGAAGCAAGUUGAUGAAGUGAUUUCGUCGGAAAACCCUUUAACAGUGGCAACAACAGGCAGCAGUUGGAGAAAUGUUGCCUUAAAAAGAGGUGCAUCAAAGGUGAAAUCAAGUGAAAGAAAGUCCAAGGCCUUAGACGAUGACCAACUAGAAGAUGAGAACUAUCCAGAGCACUUUAAAUUAUUGUUGAGAAAACAACAACCAAGUGCGGCGUUAUUGCCGAAAAACUAUCCCAAACUACCGAUACAAGAAGAUCCAACAUAUUCCAAGCUCAAUGAGGUUUACGAAGCUCCUAGGUCACAAGGAAGACUUCGUCGUGUAGAACAAACGAGUCAGGAGACAACUGAUGAAGUUCUUCAAGUUUCUCGAGCGAUUCCCAAGGUACGUCGAGUUGAACUUAAACGAGAAGAUACAGCUAGGGCUGCUUUGAAAACCAAACGUGUAGAGCCUCGUUUGGAAGAAAAUAAAGAAAAUGCUCUGCGCAUUGAAGAACCGUCGAAAUCUAGACGCAGUGAUUCAGAGAAGCUAAGAGCUCAAGUUAAAAUAAACAAGGCAGCAAUCAAGUCUAGAAAACGAGAACCUCAAAAUGAGUUACAACGUGAAGAAAUCAUUCCAAAAGUGCCAUCCUCUAAACCAACCAGAAGAAGUGAGUCUUCAAAAUCAGACGAUAGUGGAUUUGAAGUAAAUCCAAAUGAAAUUGAAGAAUCCACAAAAGGAACUAAACCUCUGUUUUUACCUCGAAGAGCUGAGCCAUAUCGACCGAAGCCAAAAACCACAACACAACGCCCCUCUACAACUCCGAAACCAAUCAAAAAGCCAGAAGUUCUUGCUGCACGGGCUAAGUUCAAGAACCGAUUCAACAGUCGGUUGCAAUUUCCAACUUUGAAAACUAAAACUCAACCAAUAUCGGAUGAAGUUGUCAGAUAUGAAAAUGAAAUCGUCCACACAAGUCCAGCUCCUCAGCCAUCAGUGAGACCUCUGCAGAUAACAAAGUCGAGAAAUUUAGCAUUGGAUAGGCCAGUUGUAGAUGCAAGACCUAAGCCAAAACAACAGAAAUUCAGUUCUCGUUAUCGUGGAGAUGCCUUCAGUCGAUUCCAACAGAAGACCGAACCAUCAAAACCAAUCUACACUCCAACUAUUCCAGCUCUAACAACUGAACCUAUACCACCUCCGUCGGACCCAGUUAUGUUUUCCAACCUCGAAAAUCAAGACUUGAACAAAUCUGAUAGCAAUUUUGAAGGUAUAGUAUACGAUGGGACAGCUGGUGUUUGGAAUAUGAUUGAGCCAGUGGCUGGUGGUUUAACACGAAGUGAAAUAAGUGUGGAAAGCGGUGUCCAAGAACAACCAUUACCGCAAUCUUCAGUGACAGUUUCGAUUUUUGAAGCUCUAGCUGACAUUCUAUCGAAAACACCGUCGACAACUUCAACUACAACAACAACAACCACUUCUACAACAACAACCUCGACAACCGAACUUCCAGAUAUAAUUCAGGUACCGGGGGAAAAAAUUAACUCCAUAUCAAUAUCAUCAUCCACUGUAAAUACACAUGAGCCCAUCACUGAUGUGAUGGAUGAUGAAAAUGAAAAUCCAACAACAAUAAAAACUACUAAUGUUAUAACGAAUAAUGAUCGCGAUGGGCGUUUACUAAAUAGUGUGGAAAUUAAUCCAUCCACUGAAAUAAUUUUCACUCCAACAACCAAUCCUAACCUAUCCCCAAAUGACUCCUCUAAAACCACAUUUACAGUCCCUCAAGACACAUCAGACACUACAUUGCUUUUUAGAUCCCAGCCAACAAAAACAGAACAAACAACCCCUGAGCUUAUUGACUUAACUACUAUUUCCCUGCCCACUGCUUCACCAACUGAACCAACCCUUAUUAACACCAACCUUACUAACAUUAGCACUAACCUUUUAGAACUAACCACACUAGCAAGUAAUCCGCCAACAAGUCUACCAAUGCCAUUUCUGGCAGAUGCACUAACAACUCCUGGUAGUAGCUUGAUAACACGACCGCAACUAAUUUCAGCUAUAAGUAACUUUUUGGAUACUUCCGUACAAAAUGCUUCUGAAACAAUGGCAACAUCUACAGAAAAUACCUCAGAAACACCAACAACAGCAACACUGGAUACAAACAGUACACCAUCUACAGAUGCUUCUUCUACUACACUUUAUCCUCCUAUAACUUCUACUACUCUUAGUUCUCCAUCAACGGGAUCGCCACCGGUCACAGUAUCUUUCCUUGAUCUCUUUACAAUCCAAGCGAAGAAGGUCAACCAAAAUACGGAAGCAGCUGUUGAGGUGCAUCCGAUUUAUAAGGGACCUGAAUCGACAACAACUCCUGUAGGUGUGGAAAAGAAGCAAACAACUGGACGGCCAGUGAAUAUAAACACCUUCUUCGGUACCCAAACUUAUCCCUCGAUUUCAGUGACUGGAAGCACAUCCACCGACCGUGCCCUGGAGUUGUCUAGUACAUUUUCGGAGGCACCUACAGCAGUGACUGGUGGCGAGACUACAGAUACGGCCAUUCCAUCCACAUCAACUCUCGAACAAGAUACAUCUACUACUUUUGAUUACACUUCUACUCCACAGUCAUCCAUUCGUACCCAGUCCCUACCAAUCCAUUUAAAUAGUAUCCUAGGUUCCACACAGAAAUACGAUCAGACAAGCCCAUUUAAAACAACAGUUCAAACUGAAAUCACAACAACAGUACGAUCCCGUUUCGGCAACAGACGUAUACCGAUUCUACCGGCUGGAUCCGUUCAAAGCACAAGAACUAACACGGGCUUAACAUCUACCCAAACAAGUUCCACAACAACAACAAAAACAACACCUGAUUUGACAACGACAACUGUCACACAAGUGUCAUCAACAACACCUGUUUCAAAAACAACAAUACCUGUUUUGACAACUACAACUGUCAUUCAAGAGUUACCUGAGAAGAAUCAAGAACAAAAACAACUGUCAAAUGAUACAUCUACAACAUCAACAACAACAACAUCAUCAACAACAGAACAAAAAUCCAUCCAAGAUUUCUCGGUCUAUGGCAUUUUGCCAAAUAAUACGGUCGUUCGAAAACGACCACCUCAAGUGUCACGUCAACUUGACAUUGGCAUUAUGGUCUAUGGAAUUUUGCCAAAUCAAACUUUGGUACGGAAGUAUCCAAAUGGCACACUUAUGAUAGUUGAUUCAUCGAAGGAUGUAGAAGUGGUCGAUAUCGAUCCCAAAAUGCUUUUCAAUCCAUUUAGCGAAUUAUAUCGUACCAGCCAAAGCAGCUUAAUACUAACUACACAUCGCAGUACGACUUCACAUCGUUUAAUUGAAAGUAAUCAUAUAUUAAGUUCGAGUUCAAAUUUAAAUUCAAAUUCAAGUCCCAGUACAGAAAUGCAAGAAAAUAACAAUAAUAAUUCAACCACUGGUAGUGGUCGAAGGGAAAAUAGUAUUAAGGAAACAACAGAAAGUGGUAACACUGAUUCAACUUUAAGUACUAACACUGAUGACGAGAAUCUUAUACAAUGGCUAAGUGAAAAUGAGGAUAAUAUAUUGAAUUCUACUAUUCUAGUUGAAUCUAAUACGGAGAAUGCAGUUCUAUUGGAUAUACUCAAGAGAAAAUACAUUAAGUCCGAUUUACCAUCAAGAUCUUCGAAUGUAGUAAGUUUGACAACUGUCAGAAAUGUCAUCGAAGAAAACUCAAUUCCAGCAAAUAAAGAAGAAGAUGUCUCGGAAAAUACUCUCUUCGAUUCAAGUGAAGAAAAAAAAAAAGAUUCCAUUGAGGACUUCUUUCUGUCAAAAGGAUCAGUGCUGCCAAAUCGGAACAACAAUAACGAUGAUGAAAAUGUCAUAUCAAAACAAUUUGACACAUCAUAUGCCAAUGUUGGCAUUGGUAGCAUAUUUCCAGGCACUAAAGAGUCAAAACAAGUUGAUAGAAAAACAACCCCAACCAUAUAUGUGGUUACUCCAGCGUCAAUAAGGACAACAACUCAACUACCUAGUUCAACAACAACUCUAAGCUCAACAACAACUACAACUAGUACAACUCCAAGUACCACAACAACUUCUAGUACAACUGAAUCAACAACAACAAGUACAACAACUCCUAUUUUAACUACAACAACAACCUCUACUUCUACUACAACGACACCAAUUCCUACAACUGAAGAAAUUACAACUACGCCUAAACCUACAAUAGUUUUCAAAUCUCCUUCUACGACAUCUAGUACAAUCGUAGGUUUAUCGGAGGGACGUCUUCAGACUAAUGCGGACUUAGCAGGUGCUAAUAGUGAAUUGGAGAAGAAUAUUAAAUUGUUGGAGCAGUUAUUAAAGUUGCAAGCUUCACUCAAACCAAAGCCGAGUAGUAGUUCAACAACAACAUCUUCAAGUACAACGACGACAACUACACCAUCUACAACAACCACAACAAAAGUUAAGGCAACAGCAGCAUCAGCAGUUGAAGAUGAACAAUUCCUUAAUCAAUUACGUCAAUUAUUGCUGAGCCAACAACAAGCAAGCAAAAAAUCAACAACUACACCACAACCUACAACAACAACAACAACAACAACAAGAAAACCAAUAACAAUAUCUCCUCAAAAUCUUCAAGAUUUAUUGAAUAGCUUUUCGACGCCAUCUUUUACUUCUACCACACCCAGGCCCGUCAACAAUGAAGAUGACCUUGAGUUCCUUAAUUCUCUGAGGGAAAUUGGAAAGAUUCCAAUAACAACAACUGCACCAACGACAUUUGCCAAUCGUAUCAUUGAACUUGCUCUUAAAAACCGUCCCUCGGUCAAGCCUACAUCACCAAUUUUCAUAAGCACAACAGUUCCGCCAUUUGUUCCAAUGCCCGAAGUCAAAUUUCCACAAAUUUUACCUUCGAACGAAGUUGAAAAACACCGUCAAGAUCAAGCCUCUUUGUCAGCUGAUUUAUCACUUCUAUCGACUUUGUUGGGAAGACGUAUAACAAUUGCUGAUCUACCACAAAUCACACAACAAUUUGGAGCGAAUCGAGUGAAAACAGUACCGAUUCCUAUUCCAAGGCCAACUACUACAACUACAACGACUCCGAGAACGACCCGAACAACAACAACUACUACUACAGAUAGACCCAUGACCAAAAAUGAAAUAGCCGAAAUCCAGAGGAACCUCAAUCUUCUAUCGUCACUUUUGGGUCGUCCGGUAUCACUAAACGAACUGCCAUUAAUAAUGCAAGAGUUGAGAUCUGGACGAAAGCCUAAGGGCACUGCAACAUCGGGACAAACGAUAAACUUCGUUAGUCCGGCUCCAUUUAAACCAAUACCUACAACGACAACCACAACACCUCGUCCAAGGCCGAUAGCGAGUUUGCAGUCGCCAUCACAAACUCCCCUUAGCCAGGAAGAGGUUAUUGAAUUACUGAAAGAUCCGUCAAUAGGGUCCCCAGAACAGCUCAAUAUCUAUGGACAGUCAAAUGAUGCCAUUCUAGCGGCUGUCCUGAAGCAGAGGGGUAUCGGCCCUGCACACAAUAAUCUUCCAGACUUAUAUGUUCAAGAUCAAACCCAGAGGCCGUAUCGCCCAACUCGACCACCACCACCCCCACAACCCCAACGAAGGCCUGUCCUCGAUGGUCUAGCUUGGUUGUGGCGAACUUGGCAGGAAACUGCAGCACCAGGCAAUCGGGUGUCGAAAAGUAAUCGACAACCAACCGCCUCAGCUUCGACAAGACUCGAAAGUCCGCUCUUAGUUGGGGCAUUUGGUGAUGAUACACCUACGAAAACGGUUACUACCAAUGAAGGUGGAGAUUAUGCCGAUUUACAAUAUCCUCAAAAUCCAAGCUUCGGCCAGGGCAAUGGUUUACUAACAGCAGCCUUUGGUGUAACAAAAGCUGUAUCACAGUUUUUGGGAGCUGCAUUUCAGGGUGCAGCAAAAUCAGUUCAGUCAGCAUUUUCACCACAAGCUAUUCAACAGCCAAGUUUGAUAAGUCUUAGUGGUUAAAAGUUUAAUUUAUAAUUAUUAUUUAUUGUAACUUUAUUCGGAUUUAUUUUAAUUUAACAAUAUUUUAGGAUUUGUACAAAAUUGUAUUUAUUUAAAAAAUAAUAUUUAUAAAUUUAUUAUCGAUUGCUCAAAACGAAUAUCUUCACGAAAGCACAAUUUUUUAAAAACAAUUUAAAAGUGAUCCCUAGUCGUUAGGAAAAAACAAAAAAAGAAUAUUAAAUUAUAUUAAAUUAAAUAAUGUUUUAUAUAAGAAUGUUUUUUACCUUCUUAAAUGAUAAAUUAAGAAAAUUUGGAGACUGUAUAGUUAAAAAAAAUAUAAACAAAAUUAUUUAAAAAAAAUUAGUUUUAAGCUCAAAUGCAUAUCAUUUUAACUAUAAGUUUAGUAUAAAAGGCAUCCAGGUGAAUUGUUUAUACAUUAUAAGUUUUUUUUUUAAUAUUAAGUACCGUAUUCAUACACUCAUGACAUUUUAUUUAAAAGUGUGAAAUUGUUUAACUAAGAUAGAUUUAAGCAAUAACGGUGCAUAUAAACUGUAGAGUAAUGCGAUGAGACGUAAAAUAUAAUAUUUAGUUUUGUUUUUGUUAAAUAAAAGAACAAUAUGGUCGGGAAAACAAUAUUAAUUCAUUAAUUUUUAUAAUUUUAUUGUGAUUGUUUCCUUAUUUUAUGAAUAUAGAUAAUGAUUAGGGUAAAAACAAUUAAAAUCUUGUAAAUAUUUAAAACUAAGCAUAGGGUAACAUUUAAUGAUUGAUAAAUGUAUAUUUCUUUUGUAUUCUUUUUUAAAUAUAAAAAAUAAAUAUUUUAGUACCUAC